GUUCCAGCUAUAGACAACACAAACGCUUGUAGCUUUCCUCAAAUGAACGUAUAGUCUAUGGUUAACACUUAUUAUUGUCAACAUGUCGGACAAUGAAGACCUAUUAGGUGACGAUUUAGGAGACCAGAGCCUUGCGGACUAUAACCUUGGCAAUGAGGAGGAGGAACAGCUCUUGGCUGAUGACUAUGACAGUGCUGGUCCUCAAAAUGUACCAACUUCUAUUGGAUCCAGUUACCGUGAGCCCAUUGUUAUGGGCCCACCGGAGUAUACCAGUCAUCUAGAGUAUAAUAAUCAGCCACCCAUACAGUAUCAAGCUAUCGCAGACACAGAGUGCGUGGUGCCGAAUAUAACUGUAGAAGUGCCGAAUGCUCCGAUGCCAGAGGUGCCUACAUACGCUCCAUAUGAACCACCAGUAUAUGAGGAACAUGCUGUACCACCUGCAAUUCCGGCAGCCCCAGUGGAAUCACCACAGAUUGUGCCAUCAGAUAUGAAUGCUCAGAUACAAAAUGGAGAUUUAGGUGGUCCUCGGGAGAGAUUUAUCUCUGAGAGACCACCGGGUGCUCAGCGACUGCCACAAGUUAGAGAUAUACCUGAUACCUUAGAUAAGGUAGUAAUACCUCGCGGCGGGUUCCCCCGCGGUCGUACGUCGUGGCGCAAUCCUCAGUACGCGCAGCGGUUCCCGCAUCCGUACAGGAGGAACAACGUGCAUCGGGGUAACUUCAACCAGCGACCAUCAUUCCCACCCCCGCAACUAAGACCCAGCCCCCCACAUAACCGGCCUGAAAUCCAUCCCGAAAUGAGACCAGAAAUCCGCCCUGAAAUGCGGCCUGACAUCCGACCUGACAUUCGGCCUGAACUACGUCCCGAAAUAAGGCCAGAUAUGAGAAUGGAACCUCCGAAUCUCCCACCUAUGGGGCCGGAGAUAUCUCCGGAACGUCCGUUAUUGCCUCAGGACAUGCCCCCAAUGUACCGUCCACCCAUGGAACGUCCACCAUUCAUGCCCCGAUUCCAAUUUAGGCCCCAUAUGGAGGAGCGUCCUCAAUUUGGGCCUGUGAGGCAGAAUUUUGAACCAAGGCCAGUGUUUUACAGGCCGGGCUUCCCACCGAGGCAGUUUGCUCCCCCUAUGAGGGAGAUUGUGCCCAAUGCUAGUCAUAUGCCUCAAGUGACGAUCAGGCAGGCGAUGCCAAUGCCGGGGCCAAGUAUGGAUAAAGUGAUUAAAGAAGGUCCCAGAGAGCCUGAAGUAAGGAUGUUACCGGUGCCUUUACCAGCGAAUUUGCCUCCAAGAGGAUUGGCGGGCAAGAAAGUGCUCAUCAAUCCACACUUUAAAGGGAACUUCCAACCGCCUGUUGAAGGGUUGCCAGUCUACAUUCCAACAAGAAUACAAAAGUCGCCGCCGCUCAGUCCUACGAUUGAGAACAAAUUCGGACCAGUGAAAGAUAUCGAUGACGCAGCGGAGAGGUUUAUUGCGGAGCAGCGCAAUGCUCUAGCCAGGGCUGCCGUCAGGAAGUACUCCAGGAGGUCACCGCCACAGAGAUACAUAGAAAACACGACGAUAGAGAUAGAGAACGAGCUGGCGGCCGGCGGCAGACGUCGCAGCCACGACGAUGAUGACUUGUUGAGGAGGCAGGAGGAGUUCAUUAAUGCUAACCGAGCUGGACUUCGGAGGAGAAUGAGGUCUCCGUCCCCGGUCCGUCGGUCGGUGUCCCCGCGCCGCUCGCCCGACCGCAGACCUCGACCCGACACUGCCAGGCAUUCCGAUGAGGACAGUGAAUACAAACGUCGUCUUCGCGAACAAGAAAGUUUACGCGAGCGAGUGCUUCGCGCCAAGGAAGUACGACGCAGGAAGAAUGCUCUACAGAGGAUACAUGGGGACCGUGAGCGUGAAAAUCAAGAAAAGGAAGCUUUACUCAAGACCCCGGAGCAGGCCGCGCCGCCCGCGGCCGACCCCGCGGCAGACCGCCCGGCGCGGCCCGACACGACGCGCGCCAGUCCGCCGCGGGCGGCCGGGGACGCGGCGCCCGCCAAGGACGAGGUGGAAGUUAAUUCUACUUGUGAAGCCCUGACCCCCCCUACGGGCGAGGUCCGCGAGGCCCUGACCCCCCCCCUGCCGGGCCGGCGCGGGGACAGCGACGACGACCUCGACCUCAUCCUCGGGGACAUCGACGGGAUACUCUCCGACGAUGACGACUCCGGACGGUUCAAGGAUAACUCUAACAAACCAGAGCCCCAGAAGUCGAAGCCUCAAAUAGAUCUCCGUACGAAGCUCCCUCCCAAGUCUAGCAGUGAACAGAAGAAGCAACAACGACAAAAGAUUGUGUUCACAGACGACCGAGAUGAGAAGCCCAAGAAAAAAGAUAAAUCUCCCCCACGCCGAGCUGUAGUGACUAGCUCGACGGUCACAGAUGAUUUUGAACCAGAAGUCAAAAAACUAAAGGUAAAACCUAAACAAGACUCAAUUCCUGCUAAAUCUAGACAGAGGAUAACUUAUGAGAAAGAGCAAGCCGACAAAGAGAAAGACGAGGAUAAAAAAUCGAGCUUCUCGAACCGACGAGUAAUACUACAGAGGAAAUCACCAAAGGAGAAAUCAGUAUUUUCCCGCAUCGAGGUCAAAGCGGACGUGUCUCACCCCGGCGCGGGAAUAUUCAGCCGCGCGGUCCGGACCGCCAUCAACCCGGACCCUCGCCCCGCGCAGACCACUCAGUCCCGCGAGCCCGCCGUCCACGUGGACGAGGACUCGGAGGACGAGGACGAGGUCCAGUCCUCCGCUUCCACGGCCCGGGUAUCGAACCUGCCCCCCGGGAUCACGGACACCCGCCUCAGAACUCUGGCCGGCAAUGAGCUACAGAGUUUAAUAUUGGAUAAAGAAGACCGUACUGCGAAGAUUAUAUUCAAAUCGUCGGCCGCAGCUGAAAACUUCAAAAAGAAAUUUAAUAACAAGAUGGUUGCCGCUAGCCGUCUAACUGUUACUUUACAUUGAACUUUAAAAACUAUAGAAUAGAACCCAUAUUGCAUUGUCUAACGUUUGAACAGUAAAAUAGAACUCAUUAUUACGUUAUAUUAUUUGAUAAUCAACUUUAUAACCAUUGGUUAGAGUAGAAUUUUAAACGAAAUGUUUGUACUAAGUAUAGGGUGUUAAGUUAUUUGGAUAUUGCUACAGGAUGUUCGGAAAUUUGUGACCUAUGUUUAAAAUGUUAUAUGUUAUUACGUACUUAGACUUUUAGUCUUUAAAUUGGGAAAACUUGAUUUUUAAACAAAAUUCGUUUUUUGUAUAAUCAAAAAUUUAGACUAAAUUUGAUUUAGUUAAUGAAAAUAACUGGAUUAUGCUUUUCAAAAUUUCUAGAUUAUCUUUAUAGUGAAUUUUUGGCAUAGUUUAGUUAAAAUAUAUUUUGAUUCUUAUUACUAUGUGAAUUGAGUACAUUUCAAUGCUUUUGAGAAGACUUCGCUUUUAAAAAAUGGCGAAGGAUAUCGAAUUUAUUGAAAUAAGUACUUUAUACGGCGGUAAUAAGUCUCAUAAUAUGUUGUUCAUUAAAUAUCUUCCGUUCACCUUAACCCAGUAAUAUCAUCUUUCAUUUACUUGUAAUUAAGACACUUUAAUUAUUUGUUACAUAAGAUUUAGUUUACAACAACGCAUUAAUAUGUUCCACACAUACUGUUUUCACCUUUAUGUGUAUGAUUUUAGAGUAAAUUUUUGUUUAAAUCGCAAUAAUAAGUAAGCAUAUUGCCUUAGUCACUGCCAUUUUUAUAUAGCACCAAUAUGAUAUGUUAUAGAAUUGUAAACUCUAUAAGCAAUAGUGAGAAAGUUAAAAAUCCAAUGUAUUUUGUCCUGGUUUUAAAAUAGAAUAUUCUAAAUUGUAAAUCCACAUACAUUUGGUUUGUUUUUGUUAUAUUUAUAUGUCUAGAUGAGACCGAGUCAAAAAGAAAUAAUAAUAAUAAGCACAAAAUUACUUUAAAACUGAUAUAGUUAAUGAUAUUUCGUUUUAAAUUCGUUUCAGUGUUAUUCAUUAAUUUCUGUGAAUGCUGCACUAAAACUGAGUGUUACAGUUUAUAUUUAAAAUGGGCAAUGACCCACGUGUCUAAUGAUAUCAGUCAUCCUUACUAUAUAUAUAAUAUUAUAAAUCGGAAAGUGAGUUUGUUUGUUUGUUCCGCUUUCACGCCGUAACUACUAA